CUCUCAUCCACCUCAUCCAGCCUCUCGCCGUGGACAGGAUGCUGCGCGGCUCCGCGGGUGCGUCUCUUCCGUCUCCUCCGUGCUCCUCCGUGUCCGCGUCUGGACGAGUUCUCGUGGUCUGAUGUUUCCACCGCGAGCGUCCUUUCGGAGAGAAUGUGUCUUCUCGUUCUGGCGACUUUUCUCGGAGUCUUCCUUCUCGACGCAGGAGAUGCCCUUCAGAUCCAGUGCUACCAGUGUGAGGAGAUGAAGCACAACGACUGCUCCACGCCGGAGUUCAUCGUCAACUGCACGGUCAACGUGCAGGACAUGUGCCAGAAGGAGGUGCUGGUCAAACCUGAUGGAGUCCAUUAUCGGAAGUCGUGCGCCUCCUCCGGCGCUUGCCUGAUCGCCUCCUCUGGUUACCAGCAGUUCUGCACCGGGAGGCUGAACUCGGUCUGCAUCUCCUGCUGCAACACGCCGCUCUGCAACGGGCCCAAGAGGAAGCGGACCCUGCCGUCGGCGGCGCCGCCCCGUCUCCCGCAUGGGGGCGGGCUCCUUCGCGUCCUCGUGACCUUCGUCCUGCUGCCGCCGCUGAUGCUCCUCCCACUCACGUAGAUGCUCGCACCGUAUUCCCGCUGUACAGGUUGGAUGGAGACGUGUGGCACCUGCAUGGACCUGCAGUCACCGCUGUGAUGUACUGAUUAUUGAGUUAUAUGAUACACUCAGACACCACGCUGGCUUUUGUUUUCUAUCUUUCUCUGCGUUCUCGUACGUAUAUCUGAUCCAGACGACAGCACAGCCGCUGUGAAUUAACUCUGUCGAAGGAGCGUUGCUGUUGCUGUUGUUGGAGAUGGAGGAAGGAGGAAGGACAGAGAGACGGUCGCACUUUUCUUUGCUUUUAAUGUGAAGUGGAGCGUUUUGUGAAGCUGCUCUGGAGUUGUUUUCCUGGUCGUUCAUAUGCUGUAAAAAAAAAGAAAAAAGUGCAGGUAGAAAAUGAUUGUAGACGACAGCAGAAACUGUAUUUAUAUGCACUUUUCAUUCAGGCACAAAAUGUCUCCUGAGUUCUCCUCGCUGCAUUUUAUGCAUCAUUUUCCACUGCCAUGAAAUAUUGAUUGACAUCGUUCGCCGGGGAAUAUUAAGGAUGCUUAAAUUGUCCCCCGGAUUGUUUUCUAUUUUUGCUCAUUUACUCAUUCGGUUGGGGUUAAUUGGUCCUUAAUAACAUCCUAUUAGAGCGACUUCAAUAUUCCAAUAUUGUAAAAUGAGAUAUUGAACUCAAACAUAGAGAAAGAAUGGACCAGGGAAUGAUAUAAAAUGUCUUUACAGAGCUAUAAGCACAAAUGAAUCCUCUUCAGGGUGAAAUCAGCCUUAUUUCUCUUUACGUUUGUGUUUAGGUGAAUGAAAUAUGUCCUAAAAUGACAAAUGUAUGGAUCAUAUUUUCAUGUUCAGCUCAUUAUUUCCCCAUGUUUCCUCUUAAAUGCUUGCAGGUUUUGUCAGAAUGUAAAGUAUAAUAUUUAUAUGUAGUGAUAAAAGUCAGUAUUUUGAUGCCAAUAAUGAAGGUUCGGAUUAAAGUUCUAGAGCAGAGAGAGAGAGAGUGUGCUGAUUUCACAUCAUACUUCAUUUAAAAAGUAACAUAAUGAUUGAUUUUGGUCUUUAAUGGAAGCAAAAAAAACACACAUUUCCAGUUGCAGGCGCAGACGUACGUACGGACCAUGUGAUGAAUGUUUGGUGACUGGUCUUCUGUGAAGAGUGACACUGUAUUCUGCUGAAAAUGUGUUGUAAAUAAAUGUUGCCGUCGCGAGUA